AUGUCGUAUUGUACAGACCCCGAAGGGUGGCAACUGCUCACACGGUACUACGAUCUCUCGCCCUGUUUGUCUCAAAACGGUCUUUUCAUUCUACCUGGUGCGAUCGCCAUUUUGUUCGGAGCUCCCGGUCUCUAUAACUUAUCGAAACUUCCAGGCAAACGACCAGCCCUAUGGGAUUACAAUCUCAAGCAGAUCAUCACCAUUCUGCAGAUUGCGGUUGCGCUCGCCAUUCCGCUGCUUCAGCAGUUUGGCCACAACGACCUGCGGUUCUGGUCACCUCUAAUCCUCGCUGUGGGUACCACUAUCGUGCUGUUAAUCCAAAAGCUCGAGUUUGAGAAACGCCAGGUUGCCAGCACAGCCGUUCUGACCUUCUGGGGCCUCGAGAUCAUCGAGGCUUCUAUAGCCAUUUAUGGAUUCUUUGUGCGAGGAUUUGUGGGAUCACCUUACAUUUUUGCUGUGGUAUCUCUCGGCUUCCUCGGCCUCUUCAGUUUCAUUCUGGAGGCCAGAUACACUCCCUCCUCCGAACCAGCUUACUACGACGAUUCCAACUUCCUAUCCAAGCUCACAUACAGCUAUGUGGCUCCCAUUCUCGACCUGGGCAACAAGGAGACUCUUAAGCUAGGACACAUCCCCAAACCUCCCAGAGAGCUGCUCACAGAGAACAUUUACGAUGAAUUCAGCCAGAUCUGGGACGAUAAGAUCCAGGCGUACAAGGAGAAGAAGACGGAGAAGUUCCCUUCUGUGCUCCUGACUCUGGCCAGCAUUUACGGGCUGGACUAUCUGAAAAUAACCUGUCUACAGGUCUUCUGCACUGCCGCUCCCUUUGUGCAGCCUCUGCUUUUGAAGCAGCUCAUCCUCUUUGUCGGAAGAUACAAUGAAAACAAGGCUCCGCUUUCCCAGGGUCUGUCUAUCGUCAUUGUUGCCGCUACAGUGAUGAUUAUGCGAUCCGUACUCGAUAACAGAAAGUCGCUCAUGACUCUGAACCUCAAGUUGCGGUUCCAGACUUCCCUUAGUCAGGCUGUUCACGAGAAGGCCCUCAAACUGGCUCCUUCUGCUGUGGCUGAGACUUCUAUCGGUGAGCUUGUCAAUAUUCUCUCCAACAACGUCACUUCGUUGUCAAACUGUCUUGAUUACAUUCACACAGUCUGGUCUCUGCCUCUGCAGAUUGUCAUCUGUUGGACUACCAUGUACAGUAUGAUUGGAAACGCCAUGUGGGUGGGUAUGGCUGCCAUGUUGGUUGUGGUGCCCAUAACCGCCCUCAUCUCCAAGAUGAAGAUGACUCUGUACCUCAAGUUACAAAAGGUCAGUGAGUCUCGAUAUACUUUAACCAACGAGCUCCUGUCUAACAUGAAAUCUGUCAAGCUGUACGGAUGGGAGAGUACCUUUUUCAAGAAAGUUGAAAAGGUCCGAAAUGAGGACGAGCUUGGAGUGGUGCUUUAUAUGACCUACCUCACUGCUGUCGAGAACUUCCUCUUCAAUAGUUCCACCUACUUUUCGUCUACCGCAGCUUUUGCCUUUAUUGUCCUGUUCCAGCACCUUCCCCUUUCUGCUGCCAGUGCCAUUCCUGCUCUCAACCUGUUUGGACGACUUCUGGAGCCCUUCAUUAACAUUCCCUACAUUAUCCAAUUCAUCAUUCAGGCAUGGAUUGCCCUAGAUAAGAUCAACCGGUUUCUGGGUCUCACUGAGGUCGAAAAAUUCAACGUUCAAGAGGAUACUGAGGCCCAUGCUGACGAUUCUUCUGCCGAGACUCCCGUGAACGUCCACGGAACUUUCUGCUGGGACUCCAAGUUUGAGAAUGUCGCUCUGGAGAACAUUACUUACAGUGCCAAGAAGGGUAACAUGGUAUGCAUCAUUGGAAAGGUUGGCGCUGGAAAGACAGCUACUCUGAUGGCUACUCUCGGUGAACUGUUUACCAAGGAGGGCUCUUCUUGGACGACUGGUUCCGUUGCUUACUUCUCUCAAGUGCCCUGGAUUCUAAAUGCGACCGUCAAAGACAACAUUCUAUUUGGAUCUCGAGAGGACCCCGUGUUCUACAAUCUUGUCAUUGAAGCAUGUGCUCUUACUCGAGACAUGGAGCUUCUUGCUGAUGGAGAUAUGACUGAGGUUGGCGAGAAGGGUAUUUCUUUGUCGGGUGGCCAGAAGGCCCGUAUUGCGAUUGCUCGAGCUGUGUAUUCUCGUGCCAGUGUUCUCCUCUUCGACGACCCCCUCUCUGCUGUCGAUGAACAUGUCCAGGCCCAUCUGAUUAAGCAUGUGUUUGGACCUGACGGUUUGCUCAAGACCAAGACAGUCAUUAUGGCGACCAACACCGUCAAUCUGUUGCGACACGCCUCUACCAUUCAUCUGAUUGAGGACAAGACCUUUGUUGAGUCUGGAGAGUUUGCUGAACUCAUGUCUCAGGAGAACGGCAAAGUGAAGAAGCUGGUUGACGAAUUCCAGACCGCUGCCGGUGAUAAGAAGACAGAAGGAAUUAACGAGGAAGCAGAUGGAGAGGACACCGAGGUAGGCUCUUCUAUUGAAGAUCUUUCUGCUGAGCAGCAGCUCAAGAAGCAAUCUUUUUCUACACUCCGAAGAGCUUCCUCCGUUUCCCACUUCUCGAUUCUCACGCUUGGUGCUAACGACAACCGACGAACUCGUGUGGAGGGCGAGGUCAACACCAGUGGGGCCGCAAACAUCGUCCAGCUUUACAAGGGCUACUUUUCUGCUGCCGGAUGGCACAACAUUAUCCUCUACGUGUCCUUCACCAUGUUUGGCUCUGGAAUGGCUAUUAUCAGUACAUACUGGGUGGCCAUGUGGGGCAGCGACAAGAUUGAUCUGAACGAUAUGCAACUUGUGCUUGGAUACUUAGCUAUUGGCGUUCUUGCAGCUCUAUUUGAUGUGCUUGGUUCUAUUUCUUGGGACACCUUUGGAUCUCUCAGAGCUUCUAGAGUUCUCCACGAGAAGAUGCUGAAGGCUGUUAUUCGAGCCCCUAUGUCCUUCUUUGAAUCAACUCCUCUGGGACGUCUGACUUCACGAUUCUCUCAGGAUAUCGGCAAGAUUGACUGGAUGAUGACCUGGAUCAUUGUGUCGUUCUCAAAUUCUCUCAUUCAAUCGUUCAGCACACUGUGUGUCAUUGUACUCACCUCUCCCUCCACUCUUCUUGUUAUCGUCCCCGCUCUAUAUCUCUACAGAAUCAUCCAGCAGUACUACCUGGCUACUUCUCGGGAAGCUCGACGGUUGUCUGCUGCCGCGAUGUCUCCUGUCAUUUCUCAUUUCCAGGAGACUCUCACCGGUCUGACUACCGUUCGAGCCUUUGGCAAGCCCAGGUACUUUGCUACCAAGAGUACUGCUAGAAUCGACGCUAGAACCAAGGCACGAUUCCUGAUGGCCUCUCUUCAGCAGUGGCUCUCAUUGCGUCUAAGUGCCAUCGGUGUUGCAAUCUUUCUCGCCUCUGGCCUGUCUCUUGUCGGCACUCUGCACUGGAAAGCUCUUUCUGCCGGCCUCGUUGGUCUGGCAAUGAGUUACGCCUCUACCAUCUCUCAGAGUCUCAGUGAAGUGGUUCGAACUGCCAUCACCGUGGAACAGGAGUCAGUUGUGCUUGAGCGUAUCAACGAGUACUGCAACAUCGAGCCCGAGGCUCCUCUCAAGGCCAAGGAGCCUGCUGCCCAUUGGCCCAACGAAGGUAAGAUCACCUUCUCCGACUACUCCACCAAGUACCGGGCCAAUCUCGAUCCUGUGCUCAAAGAGAUUUCCUUCACCAUCAACCCGCGAGAAAAGAUUGGCGUUGUCGGCCGAACCGGUGCUGGAAAGUCGUCUCUCACAAUGGCGCUGUUCCGGAUCAUCGAGGCCACAGACGGAGCUAUUAUCAUCGAUGGAGAAGACAUUUCCAAGCUUGGUCUUGAGGAUCUCCGAUCCCGUCUCUCUAUUAUUCCCCAGGAUGCCCAAAUGUUCGAGGGAACCAUUAAGGGCAACCUGGAUCCUGCGGGCAAGUUCACCGACGAGCAGCUGCUGGAGGUCCUGGAGCACUCGUCUCUCAAAAAGUAUGUGGACGAGCAUGAUGGACUGGAUACCAAGCUGAACGACGGAGGUAGCAACCUGUCGCUGGGUCAGAAACAACUUAUGUGCCUCGGCCGAGCUCUUCUCAACCCCUCGCCCAUUCUUGUCCUGGAUGAGGCUACUGCUGCAGUAGACUACGAGACCGACAAGUUGAUCCAGGAAACGAUCCGACGUGAGUUCAAGGAUAGAACCAUUCUCACGAUUGCCCAUCGACUCAACACUGUCAUGGAUAGUGACCGCAUCAUGGUUCUGGAUGCUGGAAAGGUCGUUGAGUUUGAUACACCCGAGAAUCUGCUCAAGAACGAGGACUCCUUUUUCUACUCGCUUGUUAACCGAAGCAAGGGCGGAGAGGAGUUGUAA